AUGCGGUUUGUUUUUGUUCUUCUCGUCCUUUUUCUCGCCUGCAGCGUGUCGGCCGAGGAGGUGGUGAAGCGGGGAUACAAACACAAGGAGCCCCAUAACUGCCACCAUCAAUCUUUUGGACACCAUCGUCAUGUGCGCAGGGAAGAAUUGAGGGAUGCGACGGAGGUGGGAUGCAGAGGAGAGAUAACUCGGUACUGCCAACCCCCCGUCAACGGCUUCUACGAGGACUGGUGGAAGUGUCUUUCCGACAAUAUGGACCGGUUCCGCACGCCCGACUGCCAGACGCACAUAAAUGGCAUGAUUGCCUGCAGGAACUUUGCCGUUUCUUCCUACGGUCCAGGGGAGCAGUCUCCAGACGGGUUGGUGAAGCACCUGCUUCAUUCAGAAAAGGAGUCGAUCCCCAGCGAAUGCAGGAACUCCAGAUUCUACAAAGAUGCCGUGGUUGGAUAUCACAGACGCCAGCAACGCCCCGGAAUGGGGGAAUUCUUCACGGCUGCAGGAGAGGAGGAGAGAAGGCAGCCUGACAACUGUGUGAAAAAAUGA